UUUUUCACAUUUGAAAAUGGAAAUAAAGUCCUUUUCUAUGAUCUUUCGCCAAGCCAUUGAUGAUUGAACCUCUCUCCUUUGAAAUUAAAAGGAACGGGAGAGAACUAACCCAUCAAUUGUGUCAUGGGAUGAAAAGGAAAAAGAACACAGAAAACCAUUUCCAAAACAGAUCACGCCCUGCCUCCCUACCUUGAACUCAUAAUUCCCUUUGUUCCCUUCACAAUCAUCACUCAAUAUUCAAAUUCAAAGUCACUGAAACUCAAACAAGUACGUUUAAGAGAGCCUUUAAACAUUGAAACAACAUACACAGACUCGCUUCAGAGAGAGAGAGAGAGAGAGAGAGAGAGCAGACUCACCUGGAAAUGGCGACGCUUCAGAAAUUCAAGCUUCUCGCGACACACUGCGGCAUGGCUCGGAGCCCAACGCGAAGCCCGAGGGCAAGUCCGAUGGUUCAAUUCCGGCGCCGGAAAACCACCCUGCGGAUGCUACUUAAUCGAAACAUGGGCCGCCAGUCACCAAGGCGGCGAAAUUCGCCGAUUCAGCAAAACCAUCUGUUCGGUGUACCGGAGGAGAGGAAGAAGGAGAAACGCAAGGAACUGAUGCGUCGGAACUCUUUGAAGGAACUAUUCGUGUCUUCGCCGCCAAAAGAAGAAGCCAACACGGAGAUUCCGACGAGACGGUUAGAUUCGGUGGGGACCGUGGUUGGCAUUGGCGGUCCAGUUGUGUGGAGCAAUGGACCCGGGUCACCCAAACCGGUUUGGAGGGGCUUCCGUAUCCGGUCGUUGCUGAAGAAAGGCUGGCACCCUGGGCUUCAGCCUAUUUCCGAGUAAUAAAAAUUUACUCUGCCGUAAAACAUGAGUGGAUAAAAUUUCAUGACAGAGUCAAAAUUAAUUUCAGCAUUUACAAAUCACAAGUGAUCAGCUUGUUUUGUUCAGGCUUUAUCAAUUGUUAACCUUUUUAUCAAAGGUGGUAUGAAAGUCCAAAUCUGUACUUAGUUUCUUUAUUUCUAUUUUGAAUUCAUCUUGAACUAUCCCUUGAUAGUACUGUACUGUUUAGGAAAAAAAGUACAUAUUACCUUUUAAAUUAUGAUGAUUAUAAUAUUGAUAUUUAAAUUCUGAAUUAA